AUGCCUACACCCACCUCCUGUGCCUCCCCCCACCUCCUGUGCCUACACCCACAUGCCCUGUGCCUACACCCACCUCCUGUGCCUACACCCACAUCCCCUGUGCCUACACCCACAUCCCCUGUGCCUACACCCACAUCCCCUGUGCCUACACCCAUAUCCCCUGUGACUACACCCACAUUCCCUGUGCCUACACCCACAUCCCCUGUGCCUACACCCAUAUCCCCUGUGACUACACCCACAUUCCCUGUGCCUACACCCACAUCCCCUGUGCCUACACCCACAUCCCCUGUGCCUACACCCACAUCCCCUGUGCCUACACCCACAUCCCCUGUGCCUACACCCACAUCCCCUGUGCCUACACCCAUAUCCCCUGUGCCUACACCCACAUCCCCUGUGCCUACACCCAUAUCCCCUGUGCCUACACCCACAUCCCCUGUGCCUACACCCAUAUCCCCUGUGCCUACACCCACAUCCCCUGUGCCUACACCCAUAUCCCCUGUGCCUACACCCACAUCCCCUGUGCCUACACCCAUAUCCCCUGUGCCUACACCCACAUCCCCUGUGCCUACACCCACAUCCCCUGUGCCUACACCCGCAUCCCCUGUGCCUACACCCGCAUCCCCUGUGCCUACACCCACAUCCCCUAGCUCCAACACAUUCUGUGCUAUGGCUUUGCAGCUGAGCCAAAUCCUGUGGAACAGGAUUCUUAAACUGGGAAACCAUCCGUUCCUUUGA